AUCAUACAGAUGAGUCAACAGAGGGACGGGCAACAGACCGGGAGCAGGCCGCCAUCGUUGCGAGGAGGAAGUGAAGUUUGUUGCAGUGUUGGGGACAGGAGGUAUGAUUGCGGACAUGGUGGAGCAGGAAGACGAACUGCUCGCUCUCCAUAGUAUCUUUGGAUCGGAGGAGUUCGUCCGGGAUGAGUCGAAGUCUGCCGGAGAAAUCCGAGUAUCUGUUGAGCUUCCUGCAGACUUCACUGUGGUUCUGAAAGAAGGUGAAACGCUGAGGCAGUAUGAGAUAUCAUUCCUUCCACCUCUGCUUCUGACCUUUGAACUCCCCGAGGACUACCCAUCCUCCUCCCCUCCCUCCUUCACCCUCACCUGCAGCUGGCUGACGCACACACAGCUCACUGCACUGGGGGCUCAGCUCACUGAUCUCUACCAGGCCACUGGAGGCGCUGUGGUGCUCUUUUCCUGGGUGCAGUUUCUUAAAGAAGAUGCCCUCAGGUUCCUGGACAUCCAUACUCUGCUCGAGCUCCCCUCUGAUGAACAGAGCACCCAGUACUAUAGCCAGGACUCAUUAAAUGCUGCACUGUCAGAACCAAAUAAUAAUCAACACACUCCAAAGUCAGAACCCUCAGAUAACCAAAGUUGUAAUGUCUCAGAUCCUUCAACCUCAGACUGGACCAGCACAGACUUGCAGGGAGCUGUGGCAUUAGACUCCUGCAAGGCUAAUCAGAAAAAUUCACCGUUCGACCACAGCAAAGUCCAACUAGAUCAAAGUGGACAAGGAGCUGCUUCUCUGCCAAUCCACCCCAGAGAAUCCCCUCAAAAUGAAGACCAAACCCUCUCUGGUCUCUCCCUAACUCCGUCACAAACUCUCCUGUCCCAGCUCUUGAUCUAUGAUGCGGCCCAGAAUCGGAAAGCGUUUGCCACCACGGUGUUUGACUGUGGUGUGUGUUUUAUGGGCUGGCUCGGUUCGGUGUGUGUGCAGUUGCCUGAGUGUGGCCACAUCUUCUGCCAGACCUGUCUCGCCCAGUUCUGUAAGCUCCAGAUAACAGAGGGGAACGUCCAGGGUGUCAUCUGUCCUCAGGCAGACUGCACUGCAACCCCUACACCUGCACAGGUGAAGAGUCUGGUAGGGGAGGAGCUGUUCAGCCGCUACGAUCGUCUCCUGCUACAAAAUACUCUGGACUGUAUGCCUGAUGUGACGUACUGUCCUCGGCGCUCCUGUGGUUCGGCCGUCAUUCAGGAGAAGUCCAGCACUGCAGCAAUGUGCUCUGUGUGUGGCUUUGCCUUCUGUGUCACCUGCAGAAAGACAUACCAUGGUGCAGAUGACUGUCAGGGAAAGCAGAACACGAACAAACUGACAGAAAAAGACUCACAGCAAGCCCGUAUAGACCUGCCACAGUCACAAGAGGGGAUACAAGCUCUGUUGGACGACUAUGCCAGAGGCAGUAAGCAGAGGCAGCAACUCCUGGAGAGCCGAUACGGCCGCAAGAUACUGCAGGUCACUGUGGAGGAGUGUCUGAGUGAGGACUGGAUGGCCUUCAAUAGCAAGAACUGUCCUCACUGCUUCUGCAGAAUACAGAAGGACGGAGGAUGUAACAUGAUGAUGUGCUCUCGGUGUAGACAGCGGUUCUGCUGGGCCUGCCUCACCCGACUGCCAACAAAGCGUGCAGGCACUCACUUUGUGGACAGUCCCUGCUCAAUCUACCAAUACCACCCGACCUAGUGCUUCGGCUACUUUUACCGCCAGCCACUGGCUACCAGCCACGGAGGGAAUAAAGUUUUGCAUGUGUUAUGCUAUGUUCAAAUCUGUUUGAUUUAAAAGUGCACUUUUAACAGACACCUGGCAAUGCACAUGAAUGCAAAUGCGUAAAAAAACAAAAUAAAAAAACCCGAGGAUGUGGAA